AUGGAGGUGUUUAACAAGUUCUAUUCGUCAGUUAGUAACACAGUUUCGCAAUUAUCUGGUGUUUUGCCUGGAAAUCCUGUGACAAGAGAGUUUGAGGCGACACAGUUCAUAGCGAGCGCUGGUCCAGGUCUAUUAUGGAAGAUAUACAAAGGCUACAAAAAAUCCACAAAGCAGGAAGCGUCAAUAUUUCUCUUCGAAAAGAAAUAUUUGGAAAGAUGGUCCAAACCAGACAGAGACAUUAUGCUGGAUACUCUAAAACGGGGCAUCAUACAGUUGACAAAGUUACGGCAUCCGCAAAUUCUUACGGUACAACACGGACUGGAAGAGAGCAGAGAGAGUCUUGCGUUUGCAACGGAACCGGUGUUCGCAAGUUUAGCUAACGUACUUGGUAAUACGGAGAACAUGCCGCAACCAACACCCAGUCACUUAGUCAACUAUAAACUUUACGAGCUUGAGAUUAAGUAUGGAUUAAUGCAAAUAGCUGAAGGAUUAUCGUUCUUACACAAUGAUGUAAAGCUUCUCCACCACAACAUAUGCCCUGAGUCUAUCAUAGUGAACCAGCAAGGAGCUUGGAAGAUAUUUGGUUUCGAUUUCUGCAUUGCUAACCAAAGUCAGUCAGGGUCUGCUCCAUUCUGGCCGUUCAAUGAGUACUGUCCUGCUAUGCCGGCCCUAACCCAACCAGUUCUUGAUUAUUUGGCUCCGGAGUAUGUUCUAUCUGCUACUCACUCUCCUGCCAGUGACUUAUAUUCUCUAGGUAUGGUGAUAUACGCUCUGCAUAGCACUGGACAUCAGACUUUGGGUAAUGUAGGCAAUGACUAUGGGAAAUUCAAGAGAUUUGUGAACGAGAUCAGAAAUCUGCCGCCUUCAAGGUUAUCUUGUGUAACUGAUGGCUUGAGGGAAUAUGUGAAGCUUCUGUUGAAUGCUACGCCAGAGCUAAGGCCAGAUCCUCAUCAGUUUUUGAAAAUUCAGUAUUUUGAAGAUGUAGGUGUGAAGACCCUCAAUUACUUAGACUCUUUAUUCCAAUGGGACAACCUCCAGAAGUCUCAGUUCUACAAAGGUUUACCACAGAUCAUACAAAAGAUGCCGCAUCGUAUCUGCAUCUAUCGUAUACUGCCAUGUCUUACCAAAGAGUUCGUAAACCCGCCCAUGGUUCCUUUCGUCCUCCCCAACGUAUUACUCAUCGCUGAAAACUGUACGAAAGAAGAGUAUGUAAAAUACGUACUCCCUGUUCUGAAACCUGUGAUGAUGAUCCAAGAUCCUAUACAGAUCCUCUUAAUCUUUAUGCAGAAAAUGGAAUUACUUUUGAAGCUGACUCCAGGAGAGGAAGUCAAGUCGGAUAUAUUGCCGAUGUUGUACAGGGCGUUGGAAUCGGAUGCCCAACAGAUUCAAGAGCUAUGUUUGUCAGUACUACCAACAUUUGCGUCUCUGAUAGAUUACCCCGCGAUGAAGAAUGCUCUCCUGCCGCGAAUAAAGAAAUUGUGUUAUAAUACGAAUUAUAUAUCGGUGAGAGUAAACUGUCUACUGUGUUUGGGUAAAUUGUUGGAGCAUUUGGACAAAUGGUUGGUGUUGGACGAGAUUAUACCGUUCUUGCCGCAAAUACCUUCAAGGGAACCGGCUGUGCUUAUGGGGAUUCUAGGUAUCUACAAAUUAGCCCUCAGUCAUUCCAAGCUAGGCAUCACCAAGGAGGUGAUGGCAACGAAGGUACUCCCGUUCCUCAUUCCUCUCUGCGUGGAGAACGGCCUCACUCUGAACCAGUUCAAUGCCCUCAUCACGUUGGUGAAACAGAUGAUAUCCAAAGUGGAGACUGAGCAUAGAGCCAAGCUGGAACAACUUAAUUCUAUUAAUAAUGAGUCUAAGAUAAUGGAGCAAACAAUGUCUCCAUCACCAGACACGCUGGUUGCGGCACCGGCACCACCUUCAGACCUGGACAAGAUGUUCACUGGGCUCGGCAUAGACCCCUUCUCCUUCAACCAGCCACCCAGCAAGGAGAAGGACCCACCAGCCCUGCCUGCUGUCAGCAAUAAUGGGAGACUUACCAUUGAGGAUAAACAGAGGAUAGCGCAGCAGCAGGAAAACGUCCGAAAGUUCUCGAACCAGCAACAACCGAAAGCUCUUCCUCCGCCUCGGAGCACUGCCUUGACACAUAAACCAGUGGACUUGGCCGCGACACUCUUACAAUCCAACCUGAACCAACUCUCCAAACCCAUCCCCUCUUCAGUAUCAAACCCUGCCCCCCCAAGCCAGGGCAUGGCACAACUACCCAACACACAUUUCAGCACCACAGGCAUGACAAACACCAAUUUCGGUUUCCAAAACCAAUUCAAUGCGUUUGACAACCAACCGGCUUUGCCAACCAAUUGGAACGCACCACCUUCAGGUAACUUUAACAAUAAAUGGGCCAAUAACCAGAAUCAGGCUCAGGCUAAGAAACAGGAUUGGUCGGCAUUCGAAUCUCUAUUACCUACCCCUAACAAUAAUACGCCGUCAAAUAGUAACACAAAGAAACUGUCAGACAAUGAAAUGAUGGAUCUGCUGAGCUAA